AUGGCUUACAUUAUUGGUGGCAUGGGAAACGUCAGAAACCAGACCUUUUUCGAUGUCUUUAGAUCCGAAAAGUUCGCAGAAGACGUCGCCAUGAACGCUCCUUUCAUAUCCACGCCGAUUUCAAUGGCCAACGCUACGGACCAGUGGAUGGUCAACUGCUGCCGCCCCAGCCACGUCCACAUUUACGACCAGCUUGGACAGUGGUGCAAGAUACCCGAUUCCAUGAUUGCCGGCACCGUGGACGGGCUCGUCGUCCUGUCUAACAUCAGCAACUGCGUGGCUGCCCAGGGCGGACAUAUCAAUGCCAUUGUCAUGAAGUUGCCUGACGACAUGGAUGUAGGGAUGAUCAACGGCACUUCGACCAAUCAGUCUUCCAUCUCGAAGAUCAUGUUCGCAGUCAUUUUGACUCUGCUCGUAUCGGGUUCAAUGCGUGUAGUCAUUUGA